AACUCUUCAGCCUAAUAUCUCGACGGCGCUCGCCUCCGUCUGUCGCAUUCCAAUUUCCCGCAGUAAAUCUACUGCCCGGUAUGUCUGGACUCGCCUCGGAUGAAGUCGCUGAGGACUACAAGAACUCCCUUGAAGACCUGACGACGAACGACAAAUUCCAGAUUAGCAAUUUAACUGUCAUUGCUAAGGAAAACACUGAACAUGCGAUGGCCAUAUCCAGGGUCCUGGAAAACCAUAUACGGACAACCCCCCCUUCGCAAAAGCUACCGGCUCUUUAUGUAGUUGACUCGGUCGUCAAGAACGUAGGGACUCCCUACACUUUAUUCUUAGGACGCAACCUCUACCAGACUUUCAUGAAUGCGUAUACCCUUGUCGAUUCCCAGACUCGGAAAAAACUAGACGAGAUGUUAAAGACGUGGAAGGAACCUGUUCCAGGGUCCUUGGACCCCAGGCCUGUGUUUCCUGUUGAAAUCACCCGCACUAUCGAGAACGCUCUGAUUAAAGCAAGGACAGCGGCCCUUCAGCAACAACAGGCAAGACAGCAGCAGGAGAUUCGCAGCCGUACCCGUGGGGUUGCUACUCCUCCUCCGGCAUGGAAGCAAGCUGCCACCCUACCCCAAACUGCAGCUCAAUAUACGUCGUCUUCCGGUCAGCCACAGCAUGCUAACGGUCAGAUUCAUUCGGAUCCAUACCAAGCGAGAUACGCACAAACUGCUCCCCCUCAGUAUCCUCCAGCUGCACAGCAACAAUACCCGUACAGCCAGUCGUAUUCAGAGGGUGUUGAUCUGGCUUCUUUGCAUCGCGAUAUCGACAACUUGAUCUUGAGCGCACGGAGCGACUUUGCUAACAAGCCUCUUGAUACCGCUGUCCAACAGCGGCUUAAGGCGCUUUUAGAUCUACAAAGCAUUCUCCAGCAACAAAAGCUACCACAAGAGCAACUAAAACUUAUUCGCGAUCAGGUCUCCAAACUUUCAGCAUCGGCCCCAGUAGCACCCAUAGCCCCAGCUGCCUUACCCCUUCCGCCGAUUACUACAUCAGCUGUCCCAACACCGCCGCUCCUGGCGACUCAUACUCCUCAACCAAAUCUUCAGGCCCUAUUACACCCAAGUACUCUAGCAGAGCUUAUUAAAGCCACCGCAAAUCCCCAAAGUCGUACUCCUCCACCACCUCAGGCUCAAGUAUUUUCUCAACAAGCCCCUGUCAGUACAUCUAGUACACCCACAACCGCAACUCCGGCGCUCAGUGAAAACCCCUUAAUUGCCUCCCUUAGAGCACGCGGCCUUCUUCCACCGGCGCCCGGUGCUCCUGCAUCCCAGCCAGCCCCCAGUCUUCCAUUCAUUCUUCCUGGUCAAAACGGAUAUACCCCAAGCACAACUCCACAAUUACCGACUCCUACUCAAACAAAUAUCAAAAUUAAUGUGCAAAUGAGCUCGGCAUCUAUCAAAGUGCCCCGCCCAAAUCUUAUUUUCCGCCUCUAUGAAGAAAAAUCAAAUCGUUGCGGAACGUGUGGGCGUCGUUUUGCGGCUAAUGAUGAAGGGAAGGAGAAGAAAGCUCGGCAUUUGGACUGGCAUUUCAAAACCAAUCUACGCAUGAACGAAGCAUCCAAACGUGGCCAAAGUCGUAGUUGGUACGUGGAUGAGAGAGACUGGAUUAAAUCCCGCGACUAUGACGAUGAUGUCGAUUUAACCGAUGCCGCAUUUACUUCGGCCGGUAAAUCAACAGGCCAGGAUGGAGCAACGAAACAGGCCCCCCAGCAACGAUGGAUUCAUGCACCAAACGACGCAGCGCUGCGAAAUACCCCGUGUCCAAUUUGUCAGGAGCAUUUUGAGUCAACGUGGUCGGAAGAAGCGCAGGAUUGGAUAUGGAGGGAUGCGACUAAAGUGGGUAGUCGUGUAUAUCAUGCCAGUUGUUAUUCAGAGCUCACAAAGGAUGGAGCUGCUGCUCCUCCCGGCUCACUAACCCCAGUUGGGCGGACAUCCACUCCCGAUUCUGUUUUAGGGAAACGCAAGGCAGAGGACAUUGACUCUCCUGGAUCUAAUGUUAGAAUAAAAACGGAACCGGUUUCUUGA